GUAUCUCGUACGCAAAAUUUCUAUCAAUAGAAAGAAAUCUCUUUUUAAAACACUCUCUGUUUAGAUCCAUACACAUUUUCGAUAUUGACGGUGAUGGCGAGACCAAAUCAAGAAGCAAUCGAGACGUUCACGAGAAUCACCGGCGCUUCUGAGUCAGUCGCGUUUCAAAAAUUGGAGGAAUAUGGAGGCAAUCUAAAUGAAGCUGUGAAUGCAUAUUUUAUUGAAGGGGACAGAUACAUUUCAAAUCCACCAGCUGGUUUUUCUCCUCCAGAUAAUAUUGUGGAUAUGAACAGUCGAGUUCAACCUGGGCCAAACAGACUUUUACAACUUCUAUCUGCUGCUAGAACUUUCAGGCCAUCAUUGUUACUUGAUCCCAAUUACAGGAGAAAUCUAAUAAAUGAGAUUGGUGCUUCUGCUUUCAAUAGUCAUACACCUGUUUCCAAUACAGGAGGAGUGCCCGGACAGUUCAAUAGCUGGAAUGAGCAGCCUCAUCAUGCAGGAUUUAUGCCAUCUGAUUAUAAUGGACGAAUAACCCCAUCAUCUCAAAUUCUGGACACUCAGGGGAAUGUCUCAAGAGAUGAGGAUUCACAUUUGUAUGGCAAUGAUAUAGAAGAGGAAAUGAUUCAAGCUGCUAUUGAGGCUUCAAGACGAGAGGAUUCAUCUGGUAUUGGAUUUAUGCAAAGGCAACUUGACUUAGAAGAUGAUGAAUUAUCUCAUGCAGUUUCAUUGUCUUUACAGACAGCAGAGCGAGAGAAAGCAAUGCGUGAACUAGUAUUGAAAGACAGGGAUCAACGACCGGGAGUCUGCGGUUUAGGUAUAGAAGCAGAGAAAACUGACAGUAGCAGUAGGAAGUUUAAGCCUGGAAACUCGUCAGUCCAAGAGGGAGCUGAAGAUGUGCGAGCACAAUCAUCUGAAAGUUACUUGUCUAAUUUACACAGCGCUGGUGAUCAUCCCCAAAGCAAAAAAUAUGUUUUACCUUCUGAUGAGUGGGGUGGUAUUUCUUCCGAAGAGCUUGAUGAAGUAGUUAGGAUUGAGACAGAACUUUUUGGUGACAUUCCACAUCGCUCUAAGCAUGAACCUCAGCUACAAAGUGGUCCAGACACAAGUGUGGGUCCAAAUUCCCGUCCAGCUCCCCACCAGCCAUCAUCCUCUGUAAUGGAAAAGCGGUUAUUACGUGAACAACAGGAUGAUGAGUAUUUGGCAUCUCUGUUGGCUGACAGAGAAAAAGAAGCUAAUGCUUUGAAGGAAGCUGAAUCUCUUCACUUGAAGGAAGAUGAGACUCAUAAAAAAUUGCUUGAGGAAGAGAAACUUGAAAGAUGGCUAGCUGUAAAAGAAACUUCUCUUCCUCCUGAGCCAGCAUUAGAGGAUGAGAAUGCUGUUACUCUUCUUGUUAAAAUGCCAGAUGGCAGCCGCCGUGGCCGACCUUUUCUCAAGUCAGACAAGCUUCAGUUUCUAUUUGACUUCAUAGAUGUUGGUAGAGUAGUGAAACCUGGCACUUACAGAGUGGUGAGACCAUACCCUCGGCGUGCUUUUGAUAUUUGUGAUGCCUCAUUAAGUUUUAGCGAACUUGGCCUUACCAGCAAACAAGAAGCAUUGUUUCUAGAGCUCAAAUAACGUAUCAACUAUGUGAACAAAGUUUGACACGAAAUUAGGUUGGAUUGCAAAGGUUUGUAGUCUUUGGUUGGUAUGCUCAAAUAAAUUUGAAAGCAUUCUUGCAUUUUAAUGGGUAUAUGUGCAAUGUUCAUGACAGUCAUGCUACAACUUCACAAGCUACUCGGAGAUUUAUUCCUAUGCAUGCAGAAAUUGUUAUCAAUUGUAGAACUAACUGAAUAGAAACACAAACCCCAUGAUGACAAAAAACUGCCCCAUAUGUGUUAUUUUGGCAUGGAAUUGCUUAGUUGCAUAUGAGACAUCAAUUGGGUAUCAACUGUAUACCAAAGAAACCUCGACAUCUCAAUAUUUUUGGUGGGAAUUGACCAUUCCACCUAAAUCUAUAUUAGGAAACUAAUGUCACAGCGAUAGAGAAGGGAGAAUGCAGGAAUAUUAUUUGCAAAAGUUGGAAGUGUGCAUCGGUUGGCCUCACUUUUCAUUGCUUG